AAGGCGCAGAGUGGUAGCGUCCAUCACCUAGGAGAAGUACGGUGAAGUUUCAAACGGCAGAAUGGCGGCUAAACUUCAGGAUCUGGAGCUCAGCUCUGAGGAAGUUGAUCGCUUUAGUAAGGCGUUUAAGGAUCCGACGUUCCGAGAGAUGUUCAUUCAGUAUGCGGAGGAGAUCAGUGACCCUGAGAACCGGAAAAAGUAUGAGCAAGAGAUCUACAAAAUGGAAAACGAGAGAGGAAUGGACAUUAAGUUUAUCCACCCAAAGCCCGGGUAUGUGUUGCUGAGCAGUGUCAAUGGGGUGCAGAAAUGCUACCUUAAUAUCUGCAGCAAUGAUCUGAUUCAAAAGCCAGAGUGCAAGCCUGGAAAAGACGGCGAAGGCAAGGCUGGGCUGCAUUGGUCUCUCCCAUACAGUUUAUCACCGGGCAGGGAUGAUCUGAGCAAAGAUGGGAGCAAACACGUUAUAUAUGAUGUAGUGUUCCAUCCAGACACUCUGCAUAUUGCCAGCAAGAAUGGGAAAUUCAAGGGGAUAGUUGACAGCACAGCUUUGGAAGCUGUUGCCAGUCAGUUUAAUGUCACCUUAGACAAAGCAAAUGUCAGGACACUCAGCAUGAAAUAUAAGGGUGUACCAAAUCCGUCUGUGUUGCGAAAACCCCUUCCUGAAGCCUCACCAAAAUCUAGGGACCUUGAAGACCCCUUAUGUUUCCCUUAUCCAUAUGAUGUUCCUACUGCAGUAGGCACAGAGAAAAAGGACCAGAAGAGAGUGAUACAAAAAGAGUGUAAACAACAUUUAGUGACUCCAGAACAAGACCCCAACGUACAGGUUGCUGCUACCCCUAACUAUACUGUGCGGCACAGAUCAUACGUGGAUCUGCAGGAUUUCCGGGAUUCUAGAGACUCUACACCAAGUCCUGUACCCAAGGAAUUGGUAAUAACGGUUGAUUUGCCUUUGCUAAAUUCUGCCGCAGGAGUCAACCUUCAUAUAGCUGGCAAAAAUUUAAGCCUAGAGUCUGAGAAACCUGCCUAUAAACUAAAUGUGAAACUACCUUAUGCUGUGGAAGAUAACCAAGGCAAAGCUCAGUUCAACAAAGUGAAAAAGCAGCUUAUCAUCACUGUGCCCGUGAUUCAGCAUAAUAUUUUGAGUCUAAUGCAGGAUCAUUUUCAAGAGGCUAGAGGAGAGAAAGAUAAUCAAAAUAAAGCUGAACAUAGUGUUCUCAACAAAGAGCAUACAGACAAUAGUGGUAUAACAAGUGCACGUGGGACAGAAAAACUAUUAGAGUUAGAAGAGGAGAAUCAAUUUGAAGGACUAGCAUCAAUAUCUAGUAUGGAUACAGGAGCUUCACAUCUUCCAGAAAUUUUACCAAAUCUAAAUACUUUUGGCAAAGAGCAAGUAGUAAAUCAGAUGAAUGAGGAUACCCCCAAUGUCCCCACUGAUAACCUUGUGUGUCCCACAUUCACAUGUUCACAAGACCCUACCUCCUUGACAUUAAUAGUACAUGUGAGAGACAUAGAUGAGAACAGUAUCUGUGCAGAUGUGGGUUCCAACCAUUAUCACAUCAGAUGUUAUAGGAAACAAAGUAGAGCUUUCUAUGAUUUAUUAGUAACAUUUCUUCCCCAUGACAUAAUCAUCUCAAAUGAGGUCUCAGUGAAUAUUUCUGAAGACAAUGUUGUUAUUGGACUGACAAAAUGUCCUGAAAGCUUUGGAUUCUGGAAGAAGCUGUAUUUUGGUGUCAGUGGCCAGUCAUUGCAGGAAAGAAGGUUUGUCAUUGAAGAGAACAUAAACAAGGUUCUGGCAUGCAGCAUUCCACUGUCACAAGUUUCCCCAUCUAUCCAAGAGCAUCAGCCACUAAUAGAGGUGCUUGAAAUGACUGAUGAAAAAACCCACAUUCGUUUAAAUGAACCCAAAAUAGAAUAUGUGGACAGCGCUGAACAUAAUGAGCAAUGCACUGAUCAUUCAGAAAGUGAGAGGGAUACCAGCUUGGAACUCCCUAAUGUGGAUGGGAAAGACAGUGCUGAACAGUGCUCGUCUCAAGUUUCCCCUUGUAAACAUAACAUUGAGCUGGGCAGAGAGCACACUUCUGAAAGGGAUAAGGAGCCCAAGCCCACUUCCUGUACUGCAGAGUCUACAAGUGGCCAACAGCCAAAUGAUUCCCAUCUAGUCUGCCCAGGAGACAACUGUGCUCAAGACUCCAAUGCAGAAAACAAGAUGGCCUGCUUGAAAUCAAGUGUACAAACAACACAAGAAAGUGACUUGGAUGAAGAUGAUAUGCCUGAUAACUCAGAUCAUCUGCAAAACAGUGCAUCUUCAAACAAUAUAUUAAAAGAAAUCAGCAGCAAAGAUGGUAGUGUCCAAGUUAUCAGUGAUCACACAACACAUUGCCCCUUUCAGUUCCAAAAUUCAUUGCUGUUUGAACUGGACUGAUUGUUUAUUCUCUUUCCAUACAGUAGCUUGUGAUGGACAUGUAAAAACAGCUUACUGCCUCGGUAAGCAUUUGACUUGUGAAACAAGAAUAUUUACUUCCUUCGCACUACUGAGACAACAAUCCAAUAUGGCUGCUUACUGCAAGCGUCUCUUGUACAUAUGCAAGUUUGAUUAAACAGAUUUAUUUAGUUUUAUGGAUUUUUUCCUGAUAUGUUGUCUUUAAAAGGUCUUCUGAGUGUAAAUUUUGCAGCAAACAUUCACUGGACAGAACAGCCAAAAAAUACUGGAUGUUUUCAGUGAAUGUUAUUACUAUGAAUACCUUUUUAAAAUAAAAAAAGAAAAGUGUCGCCCACAAAAUUAAAUCAACAAUAUUAAACCAACCCCCUCCGAUAGGCAACUAGCGAUUCAUCAAGGCACAGGAAGGAUUGUUUUUAAAAAAUGUAAACGGAAGGAUAUUUGCUCCUAUACAACUGCACUUUUUGUUUUCCUACACAUAAACAGGUGUUGGUGUGUUGCUUCAUUCUGCUGAUGGGCUCUUCAUUGAAUAAAGGGAAAAUAUACUUUAA